AUGGAAGAAUUGAACAAAUGGUUGUUAGAAAGGGAGCGUGAAAAUAUGGAAGAGCUCGAGCGGAUUCAAGCUACAAACUCUCAAGCGGCUGCAAUGGUGGCGCAAUAUCAAUUAUCGGAGACACCUAGAGGGCGUGGUUCAAGACCUGGCCGUGUCCCAAAUGUCGAAAGACAUAUAGAAGUCCGAGGUCAUUUUCUCUUGCAGGAUUAUUUUGUCGAACAUCCAGUGUACGACGAAGCAGGCUUUCGAAGGAGGUACAGAAUGCAAGCACAUGUCUUCCAACGCAUAAUGGAGGAUCUUUGCAACCUCGAUAGUUUUUUAGGGCAAAAAUCAGAUGCCACUGGAAAAAUGGGAUUGCUUCCCGAACAAAAAAUGACAGGUGCCCUGAGAAUGCUUGCGUACGGUGCAGCUGCUGAUCAAUGUGAUGAAAUCACUAGAAUGGAAGCUUCUACGGCACUGAAAUGUCUGAAGAAGUUCUGUAGACAAGUCGAGUUUCUUUACGCCGGGUGGUUCCUUCGUCCUCCAAAUCCUGCUGACUUACAUAGGCUUCUCAAUAGAGGACAACGCCGUGGGUUUCCAGGCAUGAUCGGAAGCAUCGAUUGCAUGCAUUGGGAGUGGAAGAAUUGCCCAACUGGCUGGGCUGGAACUUUCUCGGGUCGAAAGGGUAGACCAACUAUUAUUCUUGAAGCAGUGGCGUCUUACGAUACGCAUAUAUGGCAUGCUUUCUUUGGAACUCCUGGAGCUCAAAAUGACCUCAACGUUCUUGGUGCAUCUAAUGUGUUCGAGCGUGUCAUAGGUAGAACUGCUCCUCUGGUUGAGUUUGAGGUCAAUAACAAAAGGUACACUAAUGGUUAUUACCUUGCCGAUGGAAUAUACCCGAGGUGGUCAACUUUUGUCAAAACAAUAUCGAAUCCCAGAAGAACAGGUCCAACAUCUGCACCAAUUGCAACGGUGCAACCCCAUCAUACGGCUGUAGGACGACAAGGGAACGGUUAA